UCGGUUUAAAAUUUUAAAAAGAAAAAUAGUUUAUGUUUUGUGAAUAUUACAUUCUUGAUCAUCUUUAUUAUUAGACCAAAAGAACACUAAUUAUAUAAAAACAAAUAGCAUUUACGUCACAAAUAUAUAUUGUAUUAGUACAUCCUAGAUACUACAACAAUACAAUGACAAGUCUAGAAGAGCUCGAGAACCAGUGCCUACCAAUUAGCAAGUUGAAGAAAUAUGCAACAGAAUGGGUUAUUAAAGUCUUAGUCAUUCGUCGGAGUUUAACAAAAGAGUAUAAAAAUACAAAUGGUGAAGGUAUUCGUUGGCAACUGAUAUUAGUCGAUGAAGAGGGUACAAAAAUACAAACCACUCUUUUCAACAAAGAUGUUCAUGCAUGGAACAAGUCUUUUCAACUUAAUCAAAGUUACUACAUUAUAAAUGGAAAAUUAAAUCGACCUAAACCAAACUUCUUAUCCGUACAUAAGGAGCUCGAACUAGCAUUUAUGAACAACACCGAGGUCGUUGAGGACAAAAGUCAUUUUAAGACUGAUCAAUUUUCAAAUGGAUUUAUUACAUUUGAUGAAGCUGAAAAAAUCACUAAUGGAAGUUUGUUUGAUGUGGUGUGUAUUUUACUCACAGUAAAAGCACUAACUGGAGAAGGACGAAGCAUUAGACGCGAAGUAAUCGUUACAAACGAAAGGUAUGAUCGAAAAGUCAUGACUUUAUGGGGAGACUUUGCUGAAAUCGAAGGUCAAAUGUUACAAAGCCUUGAAAGUGAAAAACCAGUUCUUGCCUUUUGUGAUGUAAAAUCAUCAAUUUAUCAAGGGGAUUUUGUCCUUUCCACAACUCCUGUUAGUAGUUUGCUUAUAAAUCCACAAUUUGAAAAAGCGAACAAUCUCCAAAAAUGGAAUGACAACAUGAAGGCAGAAAAGAUUGACGUAAGUCUAAUGCCAAGCAGACUGAUGCAAACUGCCCGUCAAGUGAAAAUUAGUAAUAUUUUAAAUGGUUCACUUGCCAUUGUGAAGGACAUGUACUAUAAGUUCAAUGCUACGGUUACUGACAUUGACAGUAACACCGACCCAUGGUAUCCUGGUUGCAACAAAUGCUACAAGCGAGUUACUGUUAUAAAUAGUGUUGCAACUUGUACCUACUGUAGAGCUGAAGAUGUUGAUUAUGAGGCGAGAUAUCGGUUAAAGAUUGAUGUCACUGCUGAGGAUCAAUUUCUAAGCAUUACAAUGUUUGAUGCUGCAAAAUACUAUUUUGGUUGUAACGUAAAAGAGUAUGUUCUCUCUACAUCUGAAAAGAAAGAACAAUCACCAUACUAUCGCAAGAUGGUAUUGAGUAAAGGGAAAGAAUUCAGUAUACUUGUUAAGAUUGAUCGUAAAUUCCCAGAUGUUGACACAAACAUGAAUGUGAUAGCUAUGGAGAUACAUGAGGUUUCCAAAAAAUUACCACCAGAUCAAACCAAGGUUAAAAUUCCAAUUACAAAACAAAGAAGCAAGAGGACGAAGAUACUAAGUGAUGAUGAAAAAAUGAAAGGAAUAGUUGCAGGCAUACCUCAUAUUGAAAAAGAUAUUGCAGCAGUUGAAACUGACAUUGAAAAUCCACACAAAAAAAAUACAUGCAAGAGGACUAACAACAUUAAGCAAGUCAUUGCAGAUGAUAAUCCACAGAAAUUGAGGAUACAUGAGGUAGAAAAACAUAUUGUACUAGAUGAAAGUGACGACGAAGCCCCACUAAUUCAACUACAAAGAAAAAGGACCAGGAAGGUUAAAGGAAAAAACAUCAUGCCCUAUCCGAUGGAAAAGAAGAUCAAAGAGGAAAAAAAUAAUAUAUAAUUGAUUUAAAGUUUCCUUAUUUUUAUCUACCAAUGCUUAUUAUCUCCCUAAUAUUUAAAAAUAACUUACAUUUUUUCACCAAGCAACUUCACCUAACAUCGCUUUUAUUUUUAGCUUACUUUCCUAUAUCCAUGAAUUUUGUUAACUGUUUCACUAAACAUUCAAUGUAUGCAAUUUAUUACUUCAAAACAGAUCAACAACAAUCUUCUGCUGCAAUGUAUAUCCUCAUACAUAAAAAAAGAUCAAUGCUAAAUUACAUAUACUAAAUAGGAAGAGAUAAGAGAAGUGUCACACCAACAAUCCAAAUUUUAUCACCAUCAAAUCAACAAUGACACACAACCAACAUCAAGGUGAUACAACUAUAACCACUCCUUUCAUGCCAAAUCAAGCAGGUGAUAAAGGAAAAAACAUUCCUUCUACCAGUAAAACUCAUCAGCAUGACAACAAUAUAAAAAAAAGUUCAACCAACACAGAGAAAAGUCAAUUGCAAAGCGCAUUGCAAAGAGUGGAUAAGUAUAUAUUAACAACCCAAACAAUAUCACAUGUCGAAGAUGAACAUCCACGUUUGAAAAAGCAGCGUAAAAUCAAUUGGCUAUUUAGAGCAUUAUCUCAAGAGUCUGAAGUUAGAGGUACAUCGGAAAACCCUAUUCAUAUCUUACAUAACUUGAACGUUCAAUAAUAUCAAAUUACAUUUCUAACAUAUCUCUAAAAAUAUUUCUAUAUAUAGGAAUUGUUGCUUAUAACUUAUCUUUAUCAUAUCUGCACGUGCUGAAAGCCGUCCCAGAAUGUAUUUAUUGUGCUGCAAAAAGAUUGGAACAUGAACCUCCAGCAUUCUGUUGUGCAAGCGGAUAUAUCAAAUUGGCAAACACUGAAGCACCAACAGAACUAUAUGAAAUGUUUGUGGCAUCUACUCCAGACGCGGUAGAGUUUCGCAAAAAUAUUCGUGCAUAUAAUAGUAUCUUUGCUUUUACAUCUUUUGGUGUUAACCUGGAUAAGGAACUAGCAUCUGCAAAAAAAGGAGUAUACACAUUCAG